AAAGCGACCAAUCAAUAAAAUGAUAGUUUUUGUAUUUAGAACCAACUCAAUCUAGCUUUAGUACGAAAUUUAGGGGAAUGGACAGUAAUCAGAACAGCCUGUUUGGAGCCUCAAUCGAGGCCGCAUAAUAUAACCUCUGGAUCUGCAAACAAAAUCCAGGAUUCUGGCCAUGCCCGAGCAGAGCAACGACUACCGGGUGGUCGUUUUUGGGGCUGGAGGUGUGGGCAAGAGUUCUCUAGUCCUUCGCUUUGUUAAGGGCACCUUUAGGGAGAGCUACAUACCUACAAUUGAAGACACAUAUCGGCAGGUCAUCAGCUGCAACAAGAACAUCUGCACUUUACAAAUUACGGACACAACAGGAUCUCAUCAAUUUCCAGCUAUGCAACGACUCUCUAUAAGCAAAGGUCAUGCCUUCAUUCUCGUCUUCUCGGUGUGCAGUCGUCAAAGUUUGGAGGAACUCAAGCCCAUUUACGAAGUAAUAAAAGAACUAAAAGGACCAGAUUUAAGCCAAAUCCCCAUUAUGCUAACAGGAAAUAAAUGCGACGAAAGCGCUGAGCUCAGAGAGGUUUCGACCAUUGAUGGGCAAGCACAAGCGGCAGAAUGGGGGGUGAGUUUCAUGGAAACUUCAGCCAAAACCAAUCACAACGUAAAACAGCUAUUCCAAGAAUUGCUGAAUUUGGAAAAGUCCCGAAAUGUGAGCCUGAACGUGGGAGGUAAAGCAAACAGUCGCGUCGCUAAAGACAAGUGUGAGAUCAUGUAAAACAGUAAAAAGGUUUGAUUUAGUCACAUUUUCCAUUUUUUUCUGUUCUAACGAAGAAUAUCAACGCAAAGUUAAAAAUCAGUCUGCGACAAGAAGCAAUAAACAAUUCUUUUUUGCUAAACCCAACACGUGAAAUUCACGUCUUUUUACAUCGCCGGAUGGUUUUUCUAGUAAUAGUUAAUCAUCGUAAAUGUAAAUCAUUCCCCUUUAUCGAAAAAUAUUGAAUGUUGUUAUGCCCCUAUAGAUGUUGUGGCUUAGGGGGUAGGAUGUGCUUAUUGUUUCGGGGAUUUACCGAAAAUCAACCAUAUAGCUUCGCAUUUACCAACUUUUCAUUUAGUAGAAGCUCCAAUAUUGAAACUUCCGUUAGAUUUAAAAUCGGAUGUUUGAUUUCCAAGCAUUUCAUCGAACUAGAGCCUUUCCACACACACCAAACGUUGAUUCAUUUCUCCUUAAUCGAAACAUUCCUAAUUUACGAAUUUCGUCACGGAUAGCAUAUCAAUAAUUGUAGAAUUGACAUUUAGUGUUAUAGAUUUAGGUAAUCUUAAGGCAUUGCUAUCUGAAAAAGUGCUUUGCGAUCGAUUUUACUAAACGUUAUGUACCUACCUACAUAUCUUGAGUGAAACUUGCAUAUUUUUGUAUUAGAUUUUUUAUUCAUAUAUCCCGAAAGAGCAUGUAGAAUUUUGAGCAAAUUUAACCGAGGCUGGGAAGUAAGGAAUAUAUUCAAAACCAUUUGACCCAUUUUUUACGGUUCCCUGGUUGAAUAAUUCCAGUAACUUGCUCUGCACAUAAAUAUUGAUUCUUUGCUUUAAACAACAGCUUUUAUUUUUUAAGAGCUAAUGUAAAGAAAUGGUGUAAUUUACUUUGCCUAUCUUUUCUGUUCUUCACAGAAGUGGCGCUUAAAUCCCAAAUACCCUUUUUCCAUUCAACUGUUUUGCUAAAAUAUACCGGGUGUUUUUUAAUAAUAGCCCGAUAUUUCUCCAACUAGAGGGUGUAAAAAAUUAAUUUUGGGUUUUUUAAGUAUUUUUAUAGAUAAUGUCGACAUUUGGACGAAACUUGGUAUUUAGGGUACCAUGAAGAACUUAAAUUUCUGUUUGAUUUUGCAUUAAGAGCAUUUAGAAGGCGCUACCUACAAGCCUUCCGUUUUGAAGGGUCAUAACUUUUCUGUGCAUGCUUGUAUCUCAUUUUUCGCAAUAAAAUCAAUUCUCGUAUCAUUUUGACGCAAAAAGCAUUCUUAUCAAAACUAGCUAGAAGCAACCGUUUUCGAGAUAUUUUGAUCUAACUAACGACGCAUGUAUUUUUCAUUUUCUGUACGCAAAAUCAAGAUAAAAUUUAAGUUUCCAUGUUGCGAAACUCCAACUACCAAGUUUCGGUCAAAUAUCAACAUUUAAUCAAAAAUCCUACUCAAAAACAACAACAAAAAAUAAAAAAAUUAAGUUGACUAUUUUUAUUUUUUGCCGUUUAUCUUUAAAAUUCCCGAGUAAUUACCAUGUAUACUAACAGCCGAUAAAAAAAACAUUAAAUAUAUCCCUUACUUACUAACUUUACUCAGUACUGUUUCAGACGAAACUCGUAAAUUCUAAGCAACAAACCAAGUAGAACCUGCCCUUAAAGGCACAGAUUUAGCUAACUAGAAAAGCCGAAUUUUCCGAUGCAACAUCAAAACUGCAUCCUCACCAAGCAUAUCUCAGUAAAACUUUCUAAAAAAGCGUUUUUUUGGUUUUUUCUAGUACGUAGUAGAAGUACAUCGUGAAAGUGAAAAGGGCGAUCCAGCACACAAAAAUAAGUAGAGAAAAACAAGGAUUACUUGCAAAGUUCUACCUCUUAGUCCCGGCGUGUGUGUAGAUUCGAACAUUAUUCAAAUUUUUGGUGAUUUUUUCGGAAGCGAGUAAUUACCAAAAAUAUUCAUAUUGUUACGAGCCUACACGGACGCCCGCUCUAAGCGGUAAUGCACUUUGCAAGUAAACCUUAUUUUCUAGUAAGUUUUAUCACCUUUUUCACUUUGGGCAUAACAAAAUCGCCCUGCAUAUAUAAAUAUCAGUUGAAAGUAAAGUGGACCACAAAUUAAAUAAAUGAAGAAUGAGCCAAAGCCCUUUUUCAGACCAAUUUUUAAAUAUUAGACUGAGUGCUAUAUGCAAAUAUUGUUAGUGUUAUUAAUUUACAAUGUUGAUGGUCCAAUGCUAAGCUCGAUGAUUCUGCAGGAAAAGCCGCAUUCUGAUCGAGCAAUUGAUUGGCUUAAAUAUUGUAAGUUUAAAUCGUAUUUGUUAUAUUCACGCUUUAUAGUGUUCACUAUAUGAACUGCAAUUGUGAUCCGAUUUAUAACGUAUUUAUGCAACGAAGUUUGUUAAAAAUGAAAAUGUUAAUAAAUAUUGGUAUAGGCGAUUUUAACAAAAUGACUUGGGCAUUUUCAAGCAAGACUCGCGUGCUUUCUGUGGCUUCUUUCGAUCCAAAUCAGUGAGAUUAGUGGCAUUUGGACCAAGAUAUUUCCUUAUGGUAGACGUAGGCCACGCGGUUGGUAGAAAUUAUUAAGUUUGCUAAACCAUAGAUAAAAACUGUUUGUUUGGAUAGAAAUGGAAGCGUCUAUGCCGAACCGGGGGCAUUUUGGUCUUACUUGGAUUUGCCUGAAUGUGAAACUUUUCAUACCUGAAUAUUAGAUUUUUGCUCUCUAGGCGCUAUUUUCGCUACUUCCAUCAACUAAGAAAUCUUGCAAUUUUUCUCUGUUUACUAUUUUCCACACUAUCAACUAGACAGUGUUACAUUUCCAAUGCAUCCAUUGCGGGCCAAAGUCGUAAAGAAAGUGGAAUUUUUGUCAAAAGGUUCAAUGAUUAGCAAUAAAAUGCUUAAAUUUAUUUCCAUUUGCCACUAUAGACCAUUUUACCAGUUGCCAACAACAUUUUUAACUAUUGGAAAAUGAACAGGGGCGGUUUUUUAAGUGUCUCGUCCCUCGUCUAAUUAUUCGCUUUUAAUGUCCGACUGCCGACGUUUCGCAGAUUUCGCACUGCCUCAUCAGGAUAUUAGAUGUCAAACCAUUGUCUGUUUUAUUGGAAACCGAAAUUUUGUUCAACAGGAAACGCACAUUUAGAAUAAAAUGUUGCGUAAGAAAUUUGCCAAAAUUAGGAAGAAAAAGAAUUAAAAAAUGGUCAAAUUUCCCUUCAUCUCCAUGUGGAAGAAACAAUAGUCUAUUGUUAAGCGAAAUUACUUAUACAAUUGUUCGAUUGUUGCUUUUAGUGUUUUUAGCUCGUCAAAAUGAAAGUAAAAACUAUUUACAUGAAGGAGAAACACUCGAGUCGAGUUAAUUUUUUUAACACAUUAGAAGUCAUAUUUUAUAAAAUUGAAUAAAUAAAGUAUCGCCUUUUUCAAAAAAACACUUGUAUCGUCUGGAUUUUCUCCAACUCAAAAGGUCGAUUGUAUUUGGGUGGGCAUUUAAAAGGUCUUUUAAAUUUUUUGCUUGCGCUCAAUUGGCUCAAUUUUCGACAUCGCUUCAUAUUUCAACAGACGCAUUAAAUUAUAUGUCUGUACUUAAUAAAAAUAAUAGUUUCUGUUUUUAUAAAGUUUGCAGCUUUUUUCGUUACGCUUGCAAACAUUUGAAAGAGUUAUUUUCCUUAACAAGUAAACCAGUGCAUUAAAAAAAAGUUAAAAAGUUGCAGUUUACCAACAAUUCAUAAAAAUUCUACGCAAAGCAAAUCACACAAUUGUUUGGUGAAAAUUGGGAAAAUUUUUCGAAUCAUAAGUUUUUGAGGAAAACAACUGUUUUUUUGCAGGAAAAGCGAAAUAUUCUAUUAUUUUAGGGACAUUUAGGACAAAUAAAAUAAUUUAAAUGGCUUUAAAUUUAUCUGCCCGAAUGUACAAUUAAAGCUAUUUUAGCUUUGAGAAUUUCUAACUUCAAUAUUCUUUAAACUUCAAAAAAAUCAACAUUUCAACUGGAUUUACAAGAAAACCAGCAAUGGGAAAAGAAACAAAUUGGAUUUCUUCCUUAUUUUAUUUAUAUAUAAAAAAACAAUUGGACGAGUCUGCUGUUUCUUCCUCAUUGUAGAUUCUUCAUUCUUCUAAAGUGUCAUUUUUGCGUUUUUCUCGUUCAUGUUUUUUGGCAUAAUAAGAUUCAUGAUAAAAAAAAGUUUUUUUCACUGCGUCUUUUUUGGCGCACUUCUGCGCGUUAUUUGUAGAAAUUCAAUAAUUGUAAAUAUUUCGAAAACAUGUACGUUUAGUACCUUUACAAUAUGACGAACACAAUUUUGAAACAAACUGGAUAAAGUCUUAUUUACUCUAUGGUUGGGACACCCUGUAUUUUUGCAACUCUGCCCUCCAGUGGCCAGUUUUGAACUGAGUUUCUAAAUUACACACUUAAAAAAAUGUUUCGCCCUAAACGUUCUCGAUAUACACAGUGGCAAGUUUUAGUGAAUUUUUAUUUUUGGGCACAUUUAAUAGACAAAUAGCAACCGGUGUGAGACACUUAAAAGAACUUCCCUCUACCUACUAGCUCUAUACAUAUAGUGUUUCCUUAAAAAUUGUUAUUAUAUAGUGAACUUAUGGAACAAUUUGUAUACUUGUAGAUAAUUUCCUUACUGUUUACUCAAAAUUUGAAUUUAUUAUUAUAAACCUUAUUCUUACCAA